AUGGUGCCAGGCGUGUCCGGUGUAGUCGUGUUGGUCAUCUGUGCCUCCAUGUCCAGUCUCUCAUUGGAUUUUGACUGUUUACCAUAUAGGGAUUCAUACAAUAACUACCAUAACUAUAAAGAGUGCAAGAGAGGAUUUUGCUGUGGUUCCUGUACAAGCAGAGAUUGCUGUUCCGAUUUUAGUCGAAGACUCAGUGAAGACGCUCAAGAAAGAUGUGCGGAGAAAUUCCAUGAAAAUUUCAGGGAUGCCUCACAUGUGUACAUGAUUUCUGGUAUUGUGGGCUCCGUCCUUUUCCUUCUUAUCCUCGUCUGCUGCUGCAUCUGUCCCUGCUGCUGUAUUUACAAGAUGUGCCGCAGGCCGCAGCCUGUGGUAGCUACUACCACCCAUACCACAGUGGUGACCUCUGCUCCUCAGCAGUACCCCCAGCAGCCAAUGUCAGUGCCUGGACAGCCUCAGACCUACCAGGUGGCCCAGUAUCCACCCUACCAGCCCAUGCCAGUUCAGCCUGGCUAUGGAACACACCCCAUGCCUACGCCGCCUUAUAAAGGACAGGCAUUCACCCCAGGACCACCACCACCUUAUCAGGAAGCCAUCGGUCCAGCCUACCCUCCCAACCAGCCCAUGCCUUACAGCCAGGCUGCGUACAACCCCGGACAGCCAGCGUAUCCUCUACAUCCUCCCACCUACCCACAGCCAAACGCUCCAUCCUCUCACGCGGACUUCCGGGCACAGCCUGCAUACAACCCAGAUUAUGUUGCACCACCCACAACCGGGUAAAAGUACUUCAUACCAUAAAUAAACUACAACGUUCCUGACAUUGGCAGAACCUGAAGAGAAAGUGUUUAUUCCAUCAGUUUUAUGGUAAACAUGGCAAUGUAAUAUAAUGUUGAGCAUCUGUUGUGUUCAGUUGUCUCGAAGUACAACGUGUUGAUGCCCUUUGACUUGUUUUGCAUAGACAUUCAGCAUACAUAUGUAAAUAUUGUCUGAUUUCAUUUUGUUGGUGGAUCCUUACACAUCUUGGGAGAAUGACUGUCUGACUUGAGUUUUUAAAAUGUGCAGAAAUCUUUCAGCUUUAUGAAGAUGCCUCAAAAUUUCCUGUUUGCCUUUUAAGUCCAGCUGAACCUACAGGGACUCCUUCAUUCACCUUCAGACUUUGAACAAGGUGCUUUCAUGUCUAUGCUCAACACCUCAAAUAUCUGCCAGGUUCUUGCAGAAGUGCUUUAAACUUUCUUCUUUUCAUACUCUUGUUUCUAUAAUGUUGAAACAAUUGUAUAUUAGUUGUUGAAAUACUUUUUUUCUAAGCACUCUUUAUAAAAGGGAACACUUACUUUCUCAUCAGUUAGGAAAAUGUUAUUAAAAAAAACAAUAGCUUAUAUGUGGUAGAGUUCAUAGGGUUUGGUAUUUAUUACAGUUGCGCCAAUAAAAUCAUCCUGUCAUCCUGUGAUUGGCCGAUGCUAGCAUGUUCAGCCCCUCUUGUCCACCGAUCUUAUCUGUCUAUGCCGUGAGAACGACUUGACUGACAGACACACCUCUGAGGUCAUGUUUGCAGUUUACAAUAGUUGCCCCACUGUUGCCAACUCGGUGACUUUGUUAUAUUUAGCGGGAUUUCAGACUUCAGAAACUGUUGAAAAUCGGAACCAAAAUCAAAAUCGGUAGGUUAGGCUUUUUCUGCCAGAAAAUCGCAAUCGGUGCACCCCUAGUUUUUAUUGAUUGUCAAAUGUACAUCUGUACACUUUUGUAUCUGUAGCUUCAUUUAGUGUUACUUCAGGACUUUUCUCUUGAGUCUACCAAAUAUUCAGUCUAAACCAAAAAGGAGAAAUGUUAAAUUUUUGAAGACACAAAUGUGCCUUCAUAGCAAGGUUGUGGAACCCAGAUGAACAUGUCCUGGCUUUGAGAAGUUUAAGUUAUUUUCUUUAGAACUUUUGUACUGUUUAUUAUUUGAUCGCACCUUAUAGUAAUUUUGUAUCCUUUUUAUUUCAAACAAUGAAACCUGUUUACAUAACAAAUUACUGUCUUUGUCAUUUAGACAUUCAGAUUAGAGAUUAAUGCAUUUUAUUUGUUUUAACUCAAAUUAGACACUAAAAUGGUUUAUUUCAAUAAAAUACCCUUGUACCUUAAUUGCACAACUUAAUUUAUGAAUAGUUGAUGCCUUUCCCAGCUUUUGUGUAUUUCCUGUGAAAUUUUGUGUGGUUUCUGUAUGUGUUUUCUUUGUUCAGUUGUCACUAAAAAACUCAACUGUUUUUGCCAUUUACAAAUGUGUUGGUUUUACUUUCAUUCUUUAAGAAAAACAAGUUGUUCUUGGUUUGCCUUUUGCUUUAAACUAGCUGGAUAUUUCUUUGUUUUUCAGAUUUGUUUGAAUCAUUGUCACUGGGAAAAGAAAACAACAGCUUAGGUUUUACUGUUUUUCAUAUUGUGAUCCAAAAUAUUUUCCUUGUCAUAUGUACCAUUUAUCUUACAGACUUUCAUAAAAUAUAUUUUUUCUGCUUGCAUCUGGUUAUUUAAAUUCACUUUCAGUGAAAGGGUUAAUGUAUAAGGCAUUUAAAUAUUUUGGUUGUGCCCUUUGGAAAAUAAAAUUGAGAAGAGGAAGGAAGAGGAAA